AUGCCUACGGCAAAAGAAACAAAUGGACAGUGCCAACUGAGCAGGGAAAAUAGUAACAGUGAAGAUGGCGACAAUCGUAGAAGGCUCAACAACUAUGCUUGUGCUUGUGUGAUGGCUUCCACUAUUAUCUCUGCUAUAUUUGGUUAUGUAACGGGAGUGAUGGCUGGGGCACUCUUAUUCAUAAAAGAAGAACUUGAAAUCAGUGACCUACAAGUGGAGCUAUUAGCAGGGAUCUUGAACGUGUGUGCACUACCCGCAUGCAUGGCUGCAGGAAGAAUAUCGGAUUAUCUUGGUCGUCGUUACACCGUCAUUCUUGCUUCCGUCAUUUUCUUAUUGGGCUCCAUUCUGAUGGGCUACGGCCCAUCCUAUUUAAUCCUAAUGAUUGGAAGAUGCACUGUUGGAACUGGUGUUGGUUUUGCGUUGAUCGUAGCACCAGUUUACAGUGCAGAAAUUUCUUCCCCUUCUUAUAGAGGCUUUCUCACCUCUCUCCCUGAUGUUUUCCUCAACUUUGGACUCUUAUUUGGCUAUGUCUCAAACUACUUUCUUGGAAAAUUGUCCCUUAAACUUGGUUGGAGAAUGAUGUUGGCUCUUCCUACAUUCCCUUCACUUGUUCUUGUCAUUCUCAUGUUGAAAUUGGUGGAGUCACCAAGGUGGUUAGUCAUGCAAGGACGUGUAGGUGAGGCUAGGAAAGUGCUUUUACUAGUCUCUAAUACAAAUGAAGAAGCUGAACAACGCCUGAAGGAAAUUAAAGUUGCUGCUGGGAUUGAUGAAAACUGCACCCAAGACAUUGUCCAUGUUCCAAAGAAAUCUCGUAGUGGCGCAGGAGCUAUUAAGGAACUGUUUUGUAAACCUUCACCCCCUGUGCGUAGGAUACUAAUUGCUGCAAUUGGAGUUCAUGUGUUCCAACAGGUUUGUGGAGUAGAGGGUAUUUUGUUAUUUAGUCCAAGGGUGUUUGAGAGAACAGGGAUCAUGGACAAGAGCAAGCUCUUAUUAGCCACGGUUGGAAUGGGAGUGAGUCAAGCUGUGUUCACAUUGAUAUCAGCUUUCUUGUUGGAUAGAGUUGGGAGGAGGAUUCUGUUGCUGAUUAGUUCGGCAGGUGUCGUUGUGACCCUUUUAGGAUUGGGUGUUUGUUUGACCAUUGUGGAGCAUUCCAAAGAAGAACAAACGUGGGCAAUUACUUUUACCAUUGUUGUCACCUACAUCUUUGUAGCAUUUGUGGCUAUUGGUAUUGGGCCAGUUACAUGGGUUUAUAGCUCUGAGAUUUUUCCACUGAGGUUGAGAGCACAGGGUCUUGGUAUUGGUGUGACUGUGAAUAGAAUUGCCAAUGUGGCAGUGGUUACGAGUUUCAUUUCAAUUUAUGAAAAGAUAACAUUGGGUGGGAGCUUCUUUAUGUACACUGUUAUCACUGCUUUGGCUUGGCGGUUUUACUAUUCUCUGCCAGAAACCAAAGGAAUACCAUUGGAAGAUAUGGAGACUAUCUUUGGGAAAGUUUCCAACUCAGAGAUACAAAUGAAGCCUGGGUCCAACAAUGUAUAG